AUGGUGACUCGUUCACACACGUGCACGGCGACCACUGGUGACGUAGCGGUGGUGGGAGCCGCCGUGCGCCUGUGGUCAAGGCAGGGCGAGAACAGCAACUCGGACGACGGACCCGCGCCGGAGUCCCGCUGCCAGGCGCAUCUUGACAAGAGCUGCAGCGAGGAGGAGCCCUCCAGUCCUGGCGGCGGCGGCGGCGGGGGCGGGGGUCUGCCCCCGGACUCGGGCGGCGGGGACGCUGCCAAGAAGAAGCACCGCCGCAACCGCACCACCUUCACCACCUACCAGCUGCACGAGCUGGAGCGCGCCUUCGAGAAGUCGCACUACCCGGACGUGUACAGCCGCGAGGAGCUGGCCAUGAAGGUCAACCUGCCCGAGGUGCGAGUCCAGGUGUGGUUCCAGAACCGGCGCGCCAAGUGGCGGCGGCAGGAGAAGAUGGAGGCGGCGCGCCUCGGCCUGAGCGAGUACCACGCGGCGGGCUCCCUAGGGCGGGCGGCCGGCUCCAGCCUCGCGCUGCCCGUCGACCCCUGGCUGGCGCCGCCGCUGCUCAGCGCGCUGCCGGGCUUCCUGUCGCACCCGCAGACCGGCUACCCCUCCUACCUGACGCCGCCCAUCGUGGCCGACACGCGCCACGCCGCCGCCAGCCCGCCCGGCAAGGCGUCCGGCCCCGCCGCCUCCGCGCCGCCGCCCGACCCGCGCACCAACUCCAUCGCCGCGCUGCGCCUCAAGGCCAAGGAGCACGUCGAGUCCAUCACCAAGGGCCUGCAGAUGGUCUAA